AUGGAGUUGGGGCAACUGGUCAAUGGGACCCCAGUGACGGAAUUCAUUCUGCUGGGAUUUGGAGUCGGCCAACAGGAACGGUUCCUGCUCCUCAUCUUCUUUGCCAUUCUUUAUGUGGCCACGUUGGCCGAGAACCUCACCAUCAUCAUACUGGUGGUUCUCGACACUCACUUGUCCCGGCUCCCCAUGUACAUCCUGCUGAGCAACUUCUCCUGGCUGGAGAUCUGUUACGUGAGCACCACCGUGCCCCGAUUGAUCUUUGAUCUGACAUCCCUUCAAGGGAUCAUCUCUUUCAGGGAGUGUUUCCUCCAGUUCUACCUGCUAUUUUCUUUUGGGACCACUGAAAAUUUCUUCCUCUCCGCCAUGGCCUUGGACCGGUAUGUGGCCAUCUGCCACCCUCUGCGCUACCCACAGAUUAUGUCCCAAGAUUUCUGUUAUGCUCUGGUGGUUGCUUGUUGGGGCCUGGGCUUCAUGGCCUAUGUUGUCCCAGUGACUAUGAUGUCCAGGUUGUCCUUCUGCGGCCCCAACAUCAUUGACCAUUUUUUGUGUGAUGCGGGGCCCCUCCUCUCCCUUGCCUGCCCACCCUUAGGAGUCACUCCCCUUGUCUGUCAGACGUUUGUCAAUAUUUUUGUAUUCAGCAACGUCUUGUUUGUUGUGCUCUCCUACGGCACCGUGAUUCUCACCCUGUUGAAGCCCUCUUUCGAAGGCAGCCGUAAGAAGGCCUUCUCCACCAUCUCCUUCCAUCUAAUCGUGGUGACGCUUUUCUAUGGCUCCGUGGUAGGAAUGUACAUAACUCCAGAAGGAGAAAAUCAGGCAGAGGUCACGAAGGCUGUAACGCUCUUCUACACUUCCAUUACUCCGUUUUUGAACCCCAUGAUUUAUUGCCUGAGGAAUGAUCAGGUGAAGGAAGCUCUGGGCAGGUUGCGGAAAAGAAAGGUAUCAUUGCUGGGGAGAAAUAUGACAGUAUAA